CAACAGGUUUUGUUUUUGGGAGUUUAUUAUUGACCAUUUAAUAAUUAAAAAUGACACAGGUCUGGAUCUCUGUGUCCUCAUAACUUACUACGGCCGUAAAUAGGCCGUAAAUAAUUACUCACAUCAAAUGAGUAAAACGUACACAGACUAUUUUAGAUGUUUUAGAUGUACAGAAUAACAUGUCUUUACAGGAGUUCACAAAGAUUUAUAUACGACUAAAGUAUAUAAUGUGAAAGCUGAGAGAAUUAAAGAAACCAAGCAUGUUACUGGCUUCAGUAUACGUGACAGAGAAUUACACACGACUGAACUCUAUUGGUCGUGUUUUCAGCGCUAGAGAAUGUGAUGUGGCGAGAAAUCGCAGGAUCCUUUUCUCUGUGAUGCUCAUUCUUACUUGUCACAUCUGUACACAGAUGUUCAUUUUAUAUUUUUAUCCUGACAUUAGAACCUUGUGUUCAGGUAGACACUUUAUUUCUCACUGAUGGAAACACCUCAAUUCACUAUCAGAGAAAUAAAUCAAACAUUUCAUCAUUUCUCUUCCAGUCUGUGGGACUGUAAUCUGACAGAUGAAAGCUGUAGAGUUCUGUCCUCAGUUCUCAGCUCAAACUCCUGCAGUCUGAGAGAACUGCACCUGAGUCACAAUAAACUGCAGGAUUCGGGAGUGAAGCUGCUCUGUGAUGUACUGAAGGAUCCGCACUGUACACUGGAGAUACUGGGGAUGGAGCGCUGCAGUAUUACAGAUGAAGGUUGUGUUGCUCUGGCUUCAGCUCUGAGGUCAAACUCCUCAUCACACCUAAGAGUACUGGAUCUGCUCAAUAAUAAUCCAGGAGAAUCAGGAGUGAAGCUGCUCUCUGAUCUACUGAAGGAUCCACACUGUAAACUGGAGACACUACACAUUUAGCAUAAUACACUCACCAGGUCUGGUGUAUGACAGGAGUCUCUCCUCAGACCUUUUUUCCAGGAUAAAGCAGUUAUGGUGGUGAAGCGUUAGAACACGUCCCACAUUUCCAGCAGUUUGGGAGCUGAAUCAUUCAUAUUCAGAUGUAGAAGAUCCAUAACAAUAACUCAGAUAGAUCAGUGCUACUGUUUCCCAAAUGUUUUUAUCAUGGCACAGUUUUGAUUUAUAAAACAUCCCACGGCAGACAGCAAACCACUAAGCUUUAAAAUUAAUUGCACAAACACGCUUCAUUGCUUCAGAUGGAAUAUUAAAAGUGGAAAUAAUCCUACAUUAAAAUGACAUUUAAUGUCAAAUUUGAGCUUAAGUCAGAUAGGAAUAAGUUAGUUACACGCUGUUGCUGCUGAUAAAACAACAAAUUUAGGCUCCAUGUCAUUGCUGUCGGUCGGAAAACUCAUAUUUUUUAAAUAAUUAUGUGUCAUCAAAAUUGGUAUUAUGGCUUUAUAAAUGGUCAGACAAGUGCGUCAUUAUAUUAACAUUUCAUGUAAACAGCUUCAUCUGAGGCAAUAAGUGCAUCGCAUUAGUUUUUCUUCAACUUACAGGAUAUAAAGUUUAUUGUAAUCACUGUUUUUGUUGUUGUUGAAUACAUGUGGACAAUAUGUCAUUAUUUAAAAGGUAAAACAGUACUUAAAACUGUAUUGGCUAGUACAACUACACAGCAAAUAUCUGACAAAGACUCUUUAAAUAAAAAAACAUUAGCCUUUAUCAGUGUAAUGUAACGGAGUACAAAUACUUUGUUACUGUACUUAAGUAGAAAUGUCACGUAUCUGUACUUUACUUCGCUAUUUAAAUUAAUGUCAACUUUCACUUUUACUCCACUACAUUUCCUAGAUAAAAUGUACACUUUUACUCCGUUAUUUUCCACUAAGCGUCUUCGUUACUCGUUACUACAAAAUAAAAUCAGAAGAAAUGUGUGCGACUGCAAUAAGGUUUGGCGAAUCACUGCUCCUAGAUUACAUUACGCUCCGCACGCUCUACGGAGAAGCACAGGCACGCGCAGUCAGAGCUGGAGGCGUUUAUCUAUAUGUUAAUCGGGGGAAAGUCGCAAAGAGGCAACCAAAAGCAGUGAAAUGUCACUAUUCUUAUUACAUUCAUUGGACACACUGUUUGUAGAGAAUGCACACAUACAUGAACUGAUUUGAUUCAAGACCGGCAUCAUUACAUCAUGCAUAAGAUUUUGGUGUCAACUUUUGCCAUUUAAUAAUCCCAUAACUUUUGGCUUACUAUGUAGUCAUAUAAUAUAUAAUAUAAAACUCUUCUUGUUUUAAAUUCUCAUUGAGGGCUAAAACCCCCUAAAGAUGAGACCCUAGAACCGCCCCUGCUCUU